AUGGUAAACGAAACAAGAACGAAUACUCCCGACACAUCUAAGACUUUUAGCAUAGUAAACUGCGCCCUAAACGCUCCGCUGAUGUUUAUGGCGAUCAUCGGUAAUGCACUAGUUCUGAUAGCCACGUCGAGGACUCCUUCGCUUCGUUCACCAUCCAUAAUUCUGCUAUGCAGCAUGACCUUUUCUGAUCUUCUGGUUGGUCUUGUAGCUCAGCCACUUUACAUUGCGAGUGAAAUGACCAAAGAGGGAUCUCUGAGUCGGAUAAUGGAAACAGUAGCGUUUUCUGCGUGUGGUGUUUCACUUUCAUCCAUAACAGUUAUAAGUGUGGAUCGAUUGAUGGCUCUUCACUAUCAUAUGCGUUACCCAUACGUUAUGACCGCAAAGCGCGCCAUUUGUAUAUCAGCGACGCUUUGGUUAAUCUGUGUGGUGUUAUCGCUUUCAACUUAUUGGAAGCAGAAUAUUUAUCACUCUACUAUAGUCGCCACUAUAUUAGUUUGCCUACUGGUUUGUACCAUAUGUUAUAUGAAAAUUUAUCGCAUUGUUCGCCGACAUCAGUUACAGAUCACGAUUCAAGCUCAGCAAGUGGCGAAGGAAACUUCCAAAAACGCAAAUGGACAUGAAUUGAACAUCGUGAGAUCGACUAAAAAUGCCAAAAACACUUUUAUUUACUACGCGAUAAUGAUAUUGUGUUACAUGCCACUGUUUAUUUCCAUGUCUGUCUCCGCUAUUUCCCGUCAAUACUGGAGGAACGAACUUUCUUUGGCAGAGACCGUAGCUUUUAUGAACUCCUCUAUCAAUCCUUUCUUGUAUUGCUGGCGAAUUCGUGAGCUUCGAAUGGCAGUGGCCAAGACAACUAAGCAUAUUUUGAGGCAGAAAACGGAGUAAAUUAGUUUUCACG